AUGAGUGCAUUCACACCAAAAAGAAAGGCAAAAGUCAUCAAGGUCCUCGAUGAUGACGAAGACAACACCACCACAGCCUCGCCCGCUAGCCAAGAGCCCGUGAAAGAUGACGCUGCACCAGUAGCAGUCAAGUUUACGAGGAAGCCGUUUCGCCAAUCUGGCCUGCGCAAGAGCAUCAACUUCAACAACGAGCCCGACGACGACUCCAACGGCGGCGUUGCGAUUGGCGAUGCUGCGAAACCAAAAGCCGCCCCGGCGCGAAACGAAAACGAUGACGACGACGAUGACGGCCCUGUGGUCAUUCGACCAGCGGUCAGCCGUUCAAACUCUCUCAAGCAGAAGAAGCGCAAGUCCACGUCUAGACUCUCGUUCGGCGGUGCUGUCGGGGACGCCGACAGCGACGACGCGGCCAAGACGGAGUACACGACGCCCAAAAAGUCAACGCUGGGCUACCAGGCCUUCGAGAACAGCGCCCUCAAAAAUAGGCUGCCCAUGCGCACAUUCCGCGACGAGGAAGAGGACCGCCCGAGAUACAGCAAGGAAUACCUCAGCGAACUACAAAACUCGACGCCGAACACGCCCCAGAACCUGACCUCUCUUCGCAUGCAGGACGAGGACGGCAUGGACCUGGACGACUCCGAGCUUGAGGGUGCCGUGAUUGUCAACCAGGCCGACUUUGCGCCUCGGCCGCAUCAGACGAAUAUCCUGACCGAGUCGGAGAUCCAGGAGAGGAAACAGCGCCGGGCGAGGCUUGCGCAGGAGCAGCAACAGGGCGACGAAGACUUCAUCUCGUUCGACGACAACGACGAUGGCGGUGCGUCGCUGCGCAAGAAGAAGGCUGACACACGCCUCGUGCCCGAAGACGAGGAUCUGGGCGAGGGGUUCGACGACUUUGUCGAGGACGGCGGCUUGUCGUUGGGCAGGAAGGCAGAGAGGGAGGAGAAGAUCCGUCGCAGGCGCGAAAUGGCCGAGCAGAUCCAGAUGGCCGAGGGUGGCUCGGGCGACGAGUCGGAUGCGUCUGAGGCGGAGCGGCGCGCGGCGUUCGAGGCGGCGCAGACGAGGUCCGGCAUGGACGGUUUGCAGAAGCCCGAGCGCAACCCCGCCGAACAGCUGCUGCAGGUCCCGCCCAAGAUCACGCCGUUGCCGAGUCUCACUGAGUGCCUGUCGAGGCUGCAGACGACGAUGCGCGCCAUGGAGCUGGACCUCGAGGAGAAGAAGCAGCGCGUGCAGGAGCUGAGGCAGGAGAGGGACGGCAUCACGACGAGGAAGGACGAGGUGCAGCAGCUGCUCAACGAGGCCGGGCAAAAGUAUACCGCCGCUGUCGGGAACGGGGCGUCAACCGAGUCGGCUACGCAGUCGCCGGCCAGGCAGAUCACGAAUGCCGCAGGGGCGAGCGAGCUGCGGGCCGAGAGAGGCCUCGAAAGCCUGGGCACAACACCAAAUGAGCGCCCUGACGUGGGAGAGCUGGGUUAG